AUGUCUUUCGGAAACGCCAUCGCGCUCUCCUCAGGGCAGAAGAUUCCUCAGAUCGGGUUGGGAACGUGGCUCUCGCAGCCGAACGAAGUCGAGAAUGCCGUUGAGAUCGCCGUGCGCGGGGGCUAUCGCCACCUCGACCUCGCGAUGAUCUACGAGAACCAAGACGAAGUCGGACGCGCGCUCAAGAAGGUCAUCCCAUCGGUAUGCGCGCGCUCCGACCUCUUCAUCACCUCCAAGCUGUGGAACACCUCGCACAAGCGCGAGCUCGUCGAGAAGGAGCUCGACGAGACGCUCGCGCAGCUCGGGCUCGACUAUCUCGACCUCUACCUGGUUCAUUGGCCGGUGGCGUUCAAGCCGGGCAAGGGGCUCUUUCCGCAGAAGGCGGAUGGCUGGGUCGACCUCGAUCUGGAGACGCCGCUGACGGAGACGUGGGCGGCGAUGGUGGGGCUGCUCAAGACGGGGAAGGUCAAGGCCGUUGGUGUGUCGAACUUUAGCAUCGAGCACAUCGAGGGCAUCGUUGAGGCUACGGGCGUGUGGCCGACCGUGAACCAGGUCGAGGCGCACCCGCUCCUCCAGCAGGACGAGCUCGUCGAGUUUUGCAGGAAGCACAAUAUCCACAUCACCGCGUACAGCCCGCUCGGGAACAACAUGUUUGGCAAGCCGAGGCUGACGGAGUACCCCGAGGUGCGGGAGAUCGCUAAAAAGCUGAACGCGACGCCGGCGCAGGUGCUCAUCGCGUGGGGCACCCACCGCGGGUACUCGGUCAUCCCCAAGUCUGUGCACAAAGACCGCAUCAUUUCGAACUUUCAGCAGAUCACGCUGCCGCAGAGUGACUAUGAGGCGUUGACUGCGUUGGGCAAGAAGAACCCGACGCGGUACAAUAUGCCGUUCUGUUACUCACCGCAUUGGGAUAUCAGCGUGUUCAAUGACCCCGCCGAGCAGGGCGCGGCGCACAGGCCCAAGGUGAAGUGA